GGCUGAUGGGGCUGGCUGACCUUGCUGUAUAUAAAGCAAGCGGCAGCAGCCACAAAGCCAUUCAAGGACAGCAGAGACUCAGGACGACAAGCACACUCAGUAAAAGCUGUGGAUUUUUUGCAAACCCUUCAGAAUGGCUGUUUUCUUCACCGUGGCUCUCCUGGCUAUGGCCUGUUCUGCAAUGGCAUUUGACAUGGGUCAGUCCACUCGUUGCGUCACUAUCCCCAACCAGAUGAAGGUCUGCAAAGAUGUCGGGUACUCUGAGAUGCGGCUGCCCAACUUCUUGGGUCACAGCAACCUGGAAGGCGAGGUGGUGCCGCGUUCCGAGGACUGGCGGCCCCUGUUGCAGACAGGCUGCCACCCUCAAGCCCAGGCCUUCCUCUGCUCCCUCAUUGCCCCCGUCUGUCUUGACACGUUUAUCCAGCCAUGCCGUAGUCUCUGUGUGGCAGUUAGGGACAGCUGUGCCCCGGUGCUCGCCUGCCAGGGUCACAUGUGGCCCGAGGCACUGAAUUGUGACCGCUUUCCUACCGAGGACGAAACGUGCCUUUCUCCACAUGCAAAAUUCAGCCACUUUUCCAAAGACUUGCCCAAACCUGCCUGCCAAAACUGUCCCUCUGUGGAAGAGGCUCCUGCAAUGAAAACAGUCCUGGAUGCUUUUUGCGAGCAUGACUUUGCCGUGACCGCCAAACUUCAUCGUCGUCGGCUACCUGGGGGAGAGCCUGAAUUUGAGGUUGAGGGCCGGGUUGAGUUUGUCCGCCAGGGACCCCUGCUGCCUUACGACACCCAGCACCUACUCCAGCAGUGGCUCCUCAUCAACCUUCGAUGUGCCAAUGCCCUCGUGCGCCCCGGACGGUCACAGCUCUAUGUGCUGACUGGUUCCGUGCAGCCUGAUGGCACCCUUGCUCUCACUCGUCUCUUCCCAUGGCACAAAAAAGACUCAAACAUUGCAGUGGCCACUCGCAAGUGGAAGCACCACAGAUGUUGAACGGACUGAUACUUGCAUGUAAAAAGUGGAGCUCCGAGUCUGUUUCUUAAGUGUAGAAUCACAUGAUUUAAGACAAACACAAGACAUUUUGAGAUGGGAAGUUUCUUGGCAUUGGGUGUUAGUGAGAAUUUGUAAAGUAAGCUAAAUGGAUAUGAGAACAGAGCUGGACUCAGACAAUAAUACCCUUUUGCCUCCCUCAAAAGCUCACUCACCUCAUCCCUGCUCUGACAGCACAGUCAUAGA